UAUUUAUGUCAAUAAUAAUUUAAUAAUAACUUAUGUUUUAGACAGUAGUUCGCCCAGUUCACAGCAGAGGAGGCCAAGCUGCUCAUAUUAACAACUGUGGUGGUAUUGGCUUUAUCACCAAAUUAGUACUUAGUGGAGGUACUCUUCUGGGCAUAAAGGUUAUAACCGCUCCAUUAUUAGUGGACUGCAAAGCUAUCCAGCCUACACGAGAGAUACAUGAUAGAUUACAAGUUGCAGAGCACACUGAGGAUUCUACUGACCCAACAUUUGAUUGGGAAGCUUUCUGGCAGUUGCUAAAGCCUCAACUAUACUACUUCCUAGCUGCUAUGGGGAGUGCUCUGAUUGUUGCUUUGGCCAAUGUUCAAGUGCCAAUUCUUUUGGGGGAUGUGGUCAAUGUAGUCACAAACUUUACUAGUGAAGCAGCAAAUGAUGGAAGAGACUUCAUUCAAGAAAUUUCUGCACCUUGUGUCAAGUUAAUUAAGCUUUAUCUUGCUCAGGCUAUAUUCACCUUCUCCUACAUAACAUUUUUGACACGAAUGGGUGAGCGAAUGGCAGACAGCCUCAGGCAGCAGCUCUUUUCUGCUCUUCUGGAGCAGGAUAUUGCAUUUUAUGAUCAACAUAAGACAGGAGAACUAGUAAACAGAUUAACUGCUGACGUACAGGACUUCAAAAGCUCCUUCAAAAUGUGUGUCUCCCAAGGCUUUCGUAGUGUCGCUCAGGUUUUGGGAUGUGGAAUUUCCAUCUAUAUGAUCUCACCGAAGAUGGCAGGGAUGACUGCAGUGCUGAUUCCAAUAAUUAUUGGCACGGGAACUGCUCUAGGAAAUCUUCUUCGUGCUAUCUCACGGGAAGCGCAACAUCAGGUUGCACGAGCAACAGGAGUUGCAGAUGAAUGUUUGAGCAAUAUGCGAACAGUUAGAGCAUUUGCCAUGGAGGAUGCAGAGAAAGACCUGUUUGCCAGAGAAGUGGAAAAGUCUAGACAACUUAAUGAACUCUUGGGCUUUGGUAUUGGAAUCUUUCAGGCUGGCUCAAAUCUCUUCCUGAAUUUUAUAGUGAUGGGAACGUUAUACAUUGGAGGUAAUCUAAUGUCCUACAAUCAGAUUAAACCUGGUGACCUCAUGUCUUUUCUGGUGGCUUGUCAAACCAUACAGCGGUCACUAGCUCAGCUUGGCAUCCUUUUUGGCACUUAUGUUCGUGGCAUUAGUGCUGGUGCAAGGGUGUUUGAGUAUGUCAAGCUAGAGCCAACAAUACCUUUAAGAGGGGGAGCAAAAAUCCCAUAUCAUUCUCUGAUGGGAAAUAUUGAGUUCAAAAAUGUUUCAUUUGCUUAUCCUACAAGAUCUGAUCAGGAGGUGCUGCACAACUUCAGUCUACACAUCCCAGCUGGUCGUGUUGUGGCAUUGGUUGGUGUAUCAGGGGGUGGCAAGUCUACUGUUGCUCAGUUGCUAGAAAGAUUCUAUGAUGUGAAGAGUGGGUCUAUAACACUAGAUGGAGUUGACCUUCAUACCUUGGAUCCUUCAUGGUUGCGGGGACGUGUUAUUGGAUUCAUCAAUCAAGAGCCUGUGUUGUUUGCUACAUCCAUUUUGGAAAAUAUUCGCUAUGGGUAUCCUGAUGCUUCAGAUGAAGAGGUUAUAGAAGCUGCAAAGACUGCAAAUGCUCAUGAGUUCAUUAAAGCUUUCCCAAGAGGCUAUAACACAGUUGUAGGAGAACGUGGUGUAACAGUUUCAGGAGGACAGAAACAGCGUAUUGCCAUUGCUCGGGCUCUUCUAAAAAAUCCAAGGAUACUAGUACUGGAUGAAGCAACUAGUGCUCUUGAUGCAGAGUCAGAAGCUGUGGUGCAGGCUGCUCUUGAAAACUGUAUUGAAGGACGAACUGUACUCAUUAUUGCUCAUCGACUUUCUACAAUCCAGAAAGCUAAUGUCAUUGCUGUCAUGGCUCAUGGAAAAUUGGCAGAGAUUGGCACCCACAAUCAACUUAAGAAACUUGGGGGAAUUUAUGCCGACUUAAUCCGACAGCAACAAAAAGAUGAAAAUGCAGCUCAGAGGAACUUUUGGGGGCUAUAACCUUGGCUUUUUAUUGUAGUUUUAUUUUUAUUAUUUAUUUAGGGUUUGUUCCUCAUUGCCAGUUGUUGAUACUUAGAACUAUUGGCUAGAUUGUUUCAUUGCAAAUUGUUUGUAUAUACAGUACUGUAUUCAUUACUGAAUAAAAAGUAAUAAUUUUAUAAAGAAACUUUCAGAUUAGAGAUGACAGUAUUCAAGUUUGGCUGUUCAUGCAAAAAUCAGGCCUGAGUUUGGGUUCUCCAAACUUUCACUUCACUGCCGUUUAUUAUCUAAAUUGCAUUCACAUUUAUAGUCAUGUGACCUAGAAUAUCCAAAUUUUCAGGAUGAUUGGAAAUCUUCCUUUUCCAAUGUCCAUUUGAGUUAUUUUUCCUUCUAUAAAAUCCCCCCAAAAUUUGAUACCUUUGACAUCACGUGUUUUAUUUUUUUCUCACCUAUAAGGUAAUAAACCUAUGGAAUUGCCUACCUGUGAAAGCAGUAAAUUAAAAGUCUUUAUACUAGGU